AAAGUCAACAAAAAAUUUUUCAAUUUGUAAAUCAGUUAAUUGAAACUCGAAUUGACUCAACUUCCUACUCCAUCCACCACAUAUAUUCCCAACGAUGAUUAGAAUUGGACUUAGUCGAUCGACUAUGUCUAUGGUCGGGAGUAGAUCCCUUCUAAGCAGGAAUGCCACUCUUGCUUUCAAACCUCAAUUCAUUACACCAACUACAAUUACUAAAUCCAUGGCAUUAUCAUCAAUCAGAUUCAACUCCACCAACAGUACAACCACUACACCUACUAUAUCUAAUACAUUACCUUCAUUUGAAGAAGUCAAUUCAUCUACGGGUGAAAUCAUCGAUAAAAUCACCACUACACUUCAUUCUACUGAACUUGGAUAUUUAGAUUCAAUCGGUAUGGCGCAAGGAUGGGGACCAACAGCUACCAUUGAGAAAUUAUUAGAGAUAACUCAUGUAUAUACUGGAUUACCAUGGUGGGGGACGAUAGUAUGUUUGACAAUUGGGAUUAGAUUGAUUUUAUUCCCCCUUUAUAUGAAAAGUUCGGUUAAUAUGAGUAAAAUGCAAAAAGUUAAACCUCAAUUAGAUCAAAUUAUGAAUGAUGUUAAGAAUGCUGAAACUUCGAAUGAGAGAUAUUUAGCCUUACAAGAACGUAAACAAAUCAUGAAAUCGGAAGGGAUAAAGACUUAUUUAAGUGCGGCUCCUUUAAUUCAAUUACCAUUUGCGUAUGGGUUCUUUCAAGCCUUAAGAAAAAUGGCCAAUCAUCCUGUAGAAGGAUUUGAGAAUGAAGGGUAUGCGUGGUUUCAAAAUUUAGCUGAUGUUGAUCCUUAUUUAGGAUUACAAGGUAUAUCUGCUGCUUUAAUUAUUAUGGUUAUUAGAUUUGGAGGGGAGACUGGUAUGAAUCAACAAAUGGCUAAACCUAUGAAAACAAUGUUAACGUUAUUACCAAUUGCAUCUAUUUUCAUUACCAAGAAUUUCUCUGCUGCGGUGGUAUUAUAUUUCAUGAUAAAUUCGAUAUUUUCAUUAAUCCAAGCCUCAUUAUUUAAAUCAUCAUAUUUUAGAAAGAUACUUAAGAUGCCACCAAUGAUUAAGAAUACCAAUAAUACUAAAGCUAAUCAAAGUAUGGGAGAUUUCGUAGGAGAUUUCAUUGAAAAGAAUAAACAAACUGCUAUUACGAAAGCUAGACAAACUGAUAAGAAAUUAUUAAAUACGAAAAGAAAACAAUUAAAUAGUCAUGGAUUUAUUAAAAGACAUGAUAAGUAAAUAGACAUUAGUAACUUGUAUAUAUUAACCAAAAUAAAUGAAUCAUUGA